CUAAAUAAUUGAAAUAUUACAAGUAUCCAGAGUUACUUCCCUUUAAAUACAUCAUGAAUCUAGCAAUAAUGUACAGCAUCUCUGUUCUUACAUUGGUUUUAUGUGGAGAGAUGAUCAUGGGAUCUUGUGAUGUUAAACUAGAGGGUUCACUUCUCAAGGAUCUAGUUGAAGUGUUGUUAAAGAAAGAUUCAGAUAAAGGCUGUGCACUGUUCAAGAUACCUGCUUUUUCAGCUGGCUUAACAAAUUCAAAAUCUCUUUCAACAAAUGAUAUAAUAAAGUUCGACAAAGUUUUUACUAACAAACUAAAUGGCUACAAUCCAAGCACUGGUAUAUUUACUGCACCUAUUGCUGGAGUAUAUCAAUUCUCUUCAGUUGUUACGAGUAAUAAUGGAAAAUCCUUGGCUGUCAGUAUUUGGCACAAUAAUACCAGAGUAUCCAGUGUGUAUAUAAAAGGUUCAACUCAUCAGACAGGGACACUCAGUAUGGUAUUGGAUUUACAGAAAGGGGAUCAAAUAGCUGUAAAGACUAUUUCCAGUUACACUGUUUUUAGCGGCUCAUAUCAUUACAGCACAUUUUCAGGCAAUCUGAUUUCUCAAUAAAUGAUAUUAAAUUUU